AUGGAGGAAGAAAGAGGUAAAGAAACUCAAAUCCUGACAAUCCCUUUCCGUGGUCAAGGUCACAUAAACCCAAUGCUCCAAUUAUCCAAACUUCUAGCCUCAAAACGCCUCAAAGUAACCCUAGUCACCACCAUUUCCACUCCCCUCACCACUCAAGGCUCAGCUGAAACCACCUCCAUCAAAAUUGAGGCUAUUUCCGACGGCUUUGACGCCGGAGUUACACUCCAAAACUACGAUGAAUACAUUGAACGUUUCAGAGUUGUGUUCCCACAAAGCCUAGCAAAGCUCGUUGAAAAGCUUGCAUAUUCAGCCUCUCCCGUGAAGUUCAUCGUUUAUGACUUGCACAUUCCAUGGAUGCUUGACGUUGCAAGAGGGUUUGGCCUCGACGGAGCUCCAUUUUUUACUCGGUGUUCGGCUGUAAAUGCGGUUUAUUAUCAUGUUCAUCAUGGGGCGUUGGAGUUUCCUGUGAAAGGAUCUGUGGUUUCGUUGCCUUCGAUGCCGCCGCUUGGAUUUGAUCAUCUUCCAUCGUUCAUUUCAGAACCUGGCUCUUAUCCAUCUUUUCUUAACUCUAUCUCGAAUCAAUUUUCAAAUAUUCAUGAGCCAAAAUGGACCUUGUGUAACACUUUCCUUGAGUUGGAAGAUGAGGUAGUAAACUCCAUGGCAAGUGAAUGUCCUAUUAAAACGAUUGGACCAACAAUUCCAUCAAUUUACCUAGACAAGAGGUUGCAAAAUGAUAAUGGCUAUGGCCUAAGCCUUUUCAAACCAAAGACUGAAACUUGCAAGACAUGGCUAGACUCAAAGGAAAUAAACUCAGUAGUUUAUGUAUCAUCUGGAAGUUUGGCAACCCUAGGGGAAGAGCAAAUGGUGGAAAUGGCAUGGGGGCUGAAGAGAAGCAACUUUUUCUUUUUGUGGGUAGUGAGGGAAUCUGAAUUUGAAAAGCUUCCAAAAAAUUUCCUCGAGGAAACAUCUGAGAAGGGUUUGGUUGUGAGUUGGAGUCCUCAACUCGAAGUUCUUGCUCAUAAAUCAGUGCGUUGUUUCUUGACUCAUUGCGGCUGGAACUCGAAGCUCGAGGCGCUGAGCUUGGGGGUGCCAAUGGUGGCGAUGCCGCAGUGGACGGAUCAAACAACCAAUGCCAAGUUUAUUGAAGAUGUGUGAGAGGUGGGGUUAGACUAAGAGCUAAUAAGAAAAGGAUUGUGAGCAGAGAAGAGACUGAGACUCGUAUAAAGGAGGUCAUGGAAGGAGAAAAAUAAAAAAAUAUAAGGAAUACGGAGAAGUGGAAAAAAUUGGCUAAGGAGGCAGUAGAU